UGAAGCCCUGUUGGCAUCUCAACUCGUGCUGCUCUGAAGCCAUGCUCAGGUGGUUACGCAUUCAGCCAUGCUAGGUUUAUGUUAGUGUUGUUUGUGGAUGUCAUUAGUUUACCUGUUUUGUGGACGUGUGAAUUUGCCUGCCGAUGCUCUCCUCUUAUGUUUUGGAUCUCUGGAUCUGCCUCACCUCUCUUGAAUUUGGAGUCCGCCGCAACUCCACCACACCCCUUUGCCUCACCGGCUUUGACAACCCCUGCUCAAAGUUCAUGCUACUCACUAAGUAAAUAAAUGAUUCCACUGAACGGAUCACGCCCUACAGUUCAACAUCAUUGUUUUCAACCAGUUGGAUUUGUCACCAUGAGAGGACAGUGUGUUUUUCUUGUGCUUUUUGCACUAUGCAUUGUCCCUACAGUAAAUGGUGGGAAUAUCUUGGUCUGGCACACUGAAGGAAGUCACUGGAUUAACGUGAAGCCUGUGCUGGACACACUGAUUGACAGGGGCCACAAUGUCACCAUGCUGUUUCACAACGCCUCAAUAUUCAUCGAUCCCAAGGAACACGCACAGUACAACUACCACCUUUUUAAUGUCUCGAUGUCAAUGUCUGAAAUGAAGGACUGUUUUGAAGACUUCUUGCAUUUUUUUAUGUAUGAAGUUCACAGCGGGAACUAUGUGAAGUUGUAUUGGAGGCUCUAUGAACUCAUGGAGCGAAAUACGGCUGUUGGCCUUAAAUUGUGUGAUGGCGUUCUGCGGUCAGAAGCUCUCAUGGAGAAACUGAAGAAGGGCAAAUAUGACCUUGUGUUCGCAGAUCCUAUUUAUCCCUGCAGUGAGCUGGUAGCUGAGAUUCUGCACAUACCAUUCGUGUACUCCCUGCGUUUCUCAAUAGCCAACACCAUGGAGAGACUCUGUGGAAUGCUGCCUGCUCCACCAUCAUAUGUUCCCGGCACUAUGGUCAAACUGACCGACAAGAUGACCCUCCUUGAAAGAGUCAUUAAUGUAGUCUUCUAUCUGGUGCAGGACACAACACUGGGCCUCACGUGGAGACGUUAUGAUCAAUAUUACACUGAAAUUUUGGGGAAUGCCACCUCUUUCUGUAAGCUAAUGGGCAAAGCUGACCUCUGGUUGAUGCGGACUUACUGGGACUUUAAUUAUCCCCACCCCAUCCUUCCUAACUUCAAAUAUGUUGGAGGAAUUCACUGUAAACCUGCCAAACCCCUACCAAAGGACAUGGAGGAGUUUGUUCAGAGCUCUGGGGGUAAUGGCAUUGUGGUGUUCACUUUGGGAUCAAUGAUCGCCAACCUCACCAAAGAGAAGAGCAACAUCAUUGCCUCUGCCUUGGGGCAAAUCCCACAGAAGGUGUUGUGGAGGUACAAAGGAGAGAAACCAGAGACUCUGGCUCCAAACACCAGACUCUAUGAAUGGAUCCCACAGAACGACCUGCUGGGGCACCCCAAAACCAGGGCUUUUGUCACCCACGGUGGGACCAAUGGGUUGUAUGAGGCCAUAUAUCAUGGUGUUCCCAUGGUGGGCAUUCCACUGUUUGGUGACCAACCAGACAACAUGGUGCACAUGAAAGCCAAAGGAGCCGCUGUCAUCAUGGACUACAACACCAUGCAGACCAGAGACCUUGUGGACGGACUGAAGACUGUCAUCAAUGAUCCAUCGUAUAAGGCGAGUGCCAUGAAACUGUCCAAAAUCCACCAUGACAGACCAGAGUCUCCAAGAGAUGAGGCCGUGUUUUGGAUAGAACAUGUGAUGCGGCAAAAGGGGGCGGGGCACCUAAGAGUAGAAGCCCAUAACCUCACUUGGUACGAGUACCACUGUCUUGAUGCAUUCGCGAUUCUGAUUGGAAUAGUCCUACUGAUUCUCUUUAUGGUUUACAAAACUUGCAAGGUUUGUUUCAGGAGGUGCUGUUCAAGGUCAAAUAAAAAAAACAAACAAGAGUGAAUACAUUUGAUUUGCAUUUGGUUUGCAUUUUCUCAGGGUAUUUGGGGAGUUUUAAAACCAGAAUAGCAGCUGCACUGUUCGUACCUUUUGUUUACUUAACCUUUUAUUUACUCAAGCUUUUAUUUACUUAAGUUUUCUUGAGCUGUUAUUAAGGGCUGUUUUUCUCUUGUCAUCUAAAUUAUUGUUUUUUUUUUUUAAGCCAUUCCAUCAGCUUCCCUCCCGAAAUACCUUUGACAUUGAUCACUUCCCUUGAAGUUGUCCUCCAUUCUCCUCAAAGACAGGCAGCCUAAAUUGACAUAGAAAUAGAGGAAAACCACAUGCACAUAUUUUAAUGCCUUUACUAAGACCUUAACACAAGAAUUUUCAGAUCCAAACAUUUAUUGAUGUAUGCUACACGUUUAGCGAGGUCUGAUCAAACACAGAAUACUUUGUGUUAAUCAUCUCAUCAGCAACUUUAACACCACAAUAAUGCACAUUGCAAACAAGAGCUUGGUCACUUGGUCACACCAAUGCUGCAACGGUUACUUCCCUGUGCUUUCUGCAGCAGUCACGAUGGGUGCGGCUGUGUUAGAGUGGUGUUGUAGCCUGGCUAAUGGCAGACCUCAUCUCAUUUAGAUUUAGAUGAGGUCUGGGAACCAGAUAUUACUUUUCUCGUAUUUGAGACGUGGUUUACGAAUGCCCAGAGCCAUCUAUUGGGUGCUAUGAAUGUCUCUUAAAUACGUCUGUAUGUAGCUCAUAGGCAGUCGUAUCAAUCGUAAUCGCGGCGCAUCUAUGUCGUCACCAUCUUGCUGUCCCCCCCAUUCUGUGAUUGGUUCCUUCGCUGAAGUGAGAAUCGGGUCCAUAUUAUCCAGCGCAAAAGAAAUCACGCACAAGGCAUCAUGGGUAUACUCAGGCUAGUGGUGUGGUAGCUUUUGGUCCUGCUGCUAUGUCGCGCACGCACGCACGCACGCACACACGCAUGAAUGGUAUUUGCACUGCAUAUGUUUGCUUUUUAAAUUUGUUUUAAAUGUAUUUUGUAUCUCUAAUAGUAUAA